AUGGCAGUCCCCGAUCCAAAACCUUCAUCUGACGCCAACGCCAUGCAGUUGCGCACCCGCAAAGAGAAGAAGUUCGAAGAAGUCGAGGCCAGCCUGCCCGACCCCAAGGCCUCGUCCCUGCAGCGCCCGCUGUCGUCCCUCAACUUCAGUGGCUGGUUGUCUCGCAUAGGCAGCUUCCCUCGCUUUGGGAAGCCAGUCGACGGGGAAGAUGUCGUCUGGCUGUUCGACAACACCGCAUACAAGUCCCCAGAGAAGGGCGAAUGGGAGGCAGAGUUUAUUGCCGCUGUCUUCGAGCCUGAUCUGAAGUACCACCUCGCAGAUGUCGUGUCGAGCAUCGCUAAGAUGCUGGGGCUCGCCGACGAUGCUGACGAGCGCGACACCAUCGAGGAGCGCCUUAUCCCGUUCCUGUGGGACAUCCAGACUGUGCGAGUGUUCAAGGUGGACCACCUAGGGAAGGAACUCAAGUUGGGGCCGACAAGCAUGAAUGGAAUCACUUCCCAAGUGCUGCCCGUUAAGCGCCAUCAUAAGGGAUCGUUUGCCAAAGGGACAGCCAAGGUGCCCAGCAGCGUCAAGGGGAUCCUCCAGAUGCAGACAUGUUAUGCCGGUUCGGAGGGUUGGUCGAUAAUCUCGGACAUCGACGAUACAAUCAAGAUCACACUCACAAGCGACCCCCUCGGCAUCCUGCGCGAGACAUUUGUUGAGAAACCCAGACCAGUCCCGGGCAUGCCCGAGCUCUACGCCGACCUCAAGUCCCUUCUCCCGCGCGACACCCCGUGGUUCUACCUCUCUGCCUCUCCCUACAACCUAUACCCGCUGCUCCACGAGUUUCGCACCCGCUACUUCCCCCCUGGUACCAUGAUCCUGCGCGACUCAAACUGGCGGAGCGUCGCUGGUCUACUCACGGCCCUGACCGUGGCCACGGAAGAGUACAAGACUGAUCGCAUAAAGAAGAUUUACUCGUGGCUGCCCGAAAGGAAGAUGAUUCUCAUUGGUGACUCCACUCAGUCGGAUCCGGAAGCCUAUGGCGAGAUCUACCGGGCUAAGCCUGGUUGGGUCAAAAUGAUACUGAUCCGCAAGGCUACCGACAUUUCCUCCUACGGCAUCGACGAGAAGAACCAACUCCAACGUUUCGAAAAGGCCUUCAAGGGCAUACCUCCAGAGGCUUGGCAUGUCUUCGAGGACCCGAGCGAGUGCAGCUUGAUCGUGAGGAAACUAGUCCGCAGGGGCGGUAAAUGA